GCUGUUGACGGAAAGAGAAAAAUGUAGAGAGAGCGAGAGUAUGCUAUGAGUGUUGUCUCAAGCCACACCCUUGGGUGGCCUUGGAAUCUCCUCCCGUCAGGUUAAAAGCAGAAGGAAUGACAAGGGUGUGAUUGCAAACUACAGAGUAAUACACAGGUGUGGAGACCUGAGCCGUAGUGAGAGUUUGUCUGUUCAACGAGUCACACAGUCGUCUGUUUGAGGUGAAGUUACAAAAUGUCCACUGGCAAGUACGGGGAUGAGCUUGGCGGUCAAGCUGAAGGAGAAGUCAUAAGGCCUCCAAGGAGGAGUGUGGGGGCUCUCAGCAAGAUGUUUGGAGGUCAGGAUGAUACGGUCAGCAGUAGAAGCAUCCCCCCUUCCCGUUCCACUACAUCCUCCUACGUGAAAAACACAUACUCAAGCCAGAACUCAGAUCCUUCCAGCAGCACCAGGACCACUUCGGUCUCCAGGGAUGGCUCAACCACUGAGACCACCACCACCACCACCACCCAGACAUUCAGUGAGCGGGUCAAGUCUUCAAGCCAAGGGUCACAAUACACAAGCUACUCACCUAGCAGAUCAACCAAAGUGACUGAGACAACCUAUACCAGUGAUAAAGAUGUGGGGGACCAACUUUACGACUCACUCAUCCCUUCAUCUAUCACGGAUGGCUCACCCGUAGACAGCCAAACCACUGUCUCCUCAACUGAGACUGUGAUAGUGAAAAGCAGCCCAGACACUACUUAUGCCGAGGACAAACUUUUUGACACACUGGUCUCCCCAUCUCCCAAGAGUGAUUACUCACCCACAGAGAGCAGAAAUGGUUUUAAAACUACAACCACAACAAGGACGUCUUCCUCCACGGCUGAGGAUGACCUGUAUGGCACCCUCCUGCCAAAAACCAUUACAUCUGUAUCUAGUUUGCCUUCUCCUGUCAGCAGCAGCAGCAGCAGCAUCACCCAGAGAGAGAUCAUCACAGUGGAGAGCAGCAGAGGAGGAGACAGCCCAACUCUGUCAUCGCCAACAUCCUCCACCCGCAGAACCAGCAGCAGCUACAGCCCGUACACUGAUACUGCCAUCACUCGCACCACCUCCUACUCCAGCAGCAGCGCGCCCAGCGAUGACUACAGCAGUAAAAACUACUCAUACAGAACAGACAGCUACAGCAGUCUCAACAGUCCCACCUCCUCCUACUCCUCAAAAUCAUACAGGAGCAACAGCAGGUCAGAUGACAUGGCAGAUCAAACCUACUCAUCCUCCGUGAAGAGUGUGUAUGCAGCUCCUGAGAGGGUGGUGCUUGAGAAAGACCUGUGCACCAUUUGCCGUAAGCCCUUCAUUGGGGAUGCCAAGAUGGUGCUGGAUGACAUGAAGAUCAACUGCCACGCUUCCUGCUUUAAAUGCGAGGUGUGUAACAGCACUCUGGGUAAUAUGAGAGCUGGGGACAGCAUGUGGAUCUACAAACGCAUGGUGCACUGUGAGAACUGCUUUGAGGUCACCAGAGAUAAAUGGAGACGCUGAGUUUCUCCCAAGCCUUCACUGGAGAUGAAGCACAAGUGAUUAAAGAUCAAAUGGAUUGCUUUUUGAUUUAUCAGUAUGUUUUGGGUGACAUGGUACUUGUACUUGUUUUUACAAGCUGACAAAGCGUUAUCUGGGUGGUUUGAAAAAUUACUGUUACGUUAUGAAUAUACAUUUUCUUAGUAAUAUGCACACACUAUUGCAGCUAUAGCUGUUAACUGUGUUGUUGACAUUGGGAUAUUGCUGCCUGUGUAUCUACCCUGUUUUCAUUAAUUUGAGAUAGUAUUUCUGAUAUUCUAUUCUGCAGCCUUUAAGGGGACUCUUGUGUGUAACGUGAAAGGAGAUAAUGCAAUAUUUAGGGCCGGGGGCUUUUUUGUGUGUGCAAUAAAGGAAAUCAAUAUAU